UUUCCGAUAAUACCAUAUUUCAGAUUUCAACAAAUAUUAGGUGUCAAUUUCCUCCAAACAGUGAAAAACAAUAUUGGAGCCGCAAAAGCGUGAAGUGAUGCAUGAAUAAAUAAUACUGAUAGUAAGCCUGAUAACCAAGUUCAACAAUUAUUUGUAUACUGUGCAUAAAUAAACAAUUAUCGUUGCUUUUGAAAGUUCUCCCUGCAACAGCUCAUUCAUUGCCCAAACGCCAAGUGGUUCUUCCCUUUGUACCUUUGGCAGCAGAUAAAUGUGUAUUAGGUAUCCAUAGCUGUGUAAUUCAGUGCGAUUGGAAAGGAUUUAUUGUAAAGACGCUUAAAAAUUACCGAUUUUAUCAACUCAUGCGUGACAUAAAGACUAUAUAAGUGAAAAAUGCGGUGCAGCAUUUAAAUAAUAUGAAACAAGCUUUUUCUUCAACGGGGAGACGAUUUCGAUUUCAAUUAAAAACAAGCAGCAAUAUUACAAUAUCAACAUAUGCAAGGCAAACUAUGAAAGAUUGUAAAAUCUAAUAAGUUUCAACAUGACUUAGAGCAGCAAAGAAUUGAAGCUUAAAGCUCAUCAACUCAUGUCAAACACGCAGCCAAUAUUUGCGUAGCGCUACUCCACACAUACACCCGCAAGCGACGAGUUCCCGCGAACAACCAAUCAACGGCUGACAAAGCAACAAAGUAAAGUUAAAUUAAAGCACGCGCCUAAAUGUAUGCAACGCAACGUGCAACGCAACUUGCUAAAACUAUAACAAUGGCAUGCAGCGUGCAGAAGCAACCCACUCAACCGCAACACACAACCGCAUCAGCAACGGCAACGGCAGCCGCUGCGAUACCACCCACCAUGGCUGUAACUGCAAUGGCAAACGCCAACAAUAACACAAACAACAACAACAGCAAUACGAACAACAUAGCCAGCCAAAUGGGCGGCGGUGGCAGCAACAGCGGCAGCAAUAGCAGCAUGAGUGGCGGCGGUGUUGGCAUUCUAGCCGCAGCUAUCAGUGACGCGACCAGCAAACCGCUAACACCAAAACCGCGGGGCUCAUUACCGAAUGACGCAAGUCAACCGCCACAGGUGGAAUUCCACUGGCCGCCCAUACCGGUGAGCACGCACACCAGCAAUCUGCGCCUGAACAUGAUGAAUCAGAAUCCGAAGGACCUGCACACGGCGCGACUCAUGAUCGAGGAGUUGCGUACGAAGGUGCGCUAUCAAGCGGAGCACAUAAUGAAAUGGCGGAAGGCAUACGGGCUACAGGUGACGCACAUUAUGCAGCAGCACUAUCGCUACCAAAAGGAGAAGUCGGAUCAGUUGAACGCGCUGACCUCACAACUUCUCCUGCUGGAGUCGCGUUUAAAGCGUAGACAAAAGCAGAUUGCGAGCCUGCUGGGCCAUCGCGAGCUCACCAUACAGCGACAGCAAAAGAUUAUCGAUACACUGUCGAAUCGUCUGUCCGAUCACGGCCUGGAUGCUAUCGAGGCGAACUUCACCACGGAGCUGGAUUCAUUGAACGACUCCGACUCGGCUGUGGUGCUGGAAGAUAUCGACUCGGAUAGCAGUAAUAUGCCCUUUGGCGCAAGGCGACGCAGCAGCGGUGGCGGCUCAGGUGUUGGCAUGGGCUCCAAUGCCACACAGUGCGGUGGCGAUGGCAUAACCAUAGUGCGCUCUAUUUCCGAUGCCAUCGAGACGAAUUUGAAGUACAGUGCAGUGCGUCGCAACAAUUGCUACCUGCGCCGCCCGGAAAUAUUGGAGACUGUCUACUCUGUAGAGGAAGAUCCAGAACCAACAUCAGAUGUGGCAGAGAAACGUGAUAAAUUCCGCACACGCUCCGAGAAAGCGCUGAGUUCGAGUUCCACGGAAGGACAAAUAGAUAGCAACUCUUCACAUGCACCGGCGCACGCUUCGACACAUACCACAUUGCAUCAAACUAACGGUACCGACGUGGAGCGUACCCAAGAGAAUAUACGCAUCACACCUCCAUCACCGCAACGGCAACUCAGCAUUUCCAAACCUCUAGAGUCACCGACGAAGGACGGCUACACGGCGUACAGUGUCAUGGUGCCGCAGCUGCGCACCACAGCUGCCACACCGACUACUGAGCGGGUCAACACUUUGGCGGGCACUGAUGUCGAUGGCAGUUCGCCUGGCGUUAAAUCGCAGGUAACGAACUACAAUCGGGUCAUGUCCAACCAUCGCUCGGUGACCAAACCCAAAGAUGUCAAAUAUAAACGUAUCAACAAGGCCAAGUCGAAGAGUUUGGAAGAAUUACGCGGCCGUCUCAAAAAUCUGGUGGAACGUGGCGGCAGCACAGGCAACGGACUCGAUGCUCAUGGCGCCGGUGGUGUUGGCGUUGCUCCCUACACACACGGUGUUAUGCCGCAGACCGCACAGUCAUACGCGUGACAAUGGCCAUCA